GGAGCCCCGAGCGUGCACUCAGGAAACCACCGCCCAGCGCGCGCUCGCGACACCAUUCCGAUACACUCCGGUGGGUCACGCGACGCACACACACUCGAACACACGCUCAUACACACACACUCGCGCUCACGCACACACACGCAAACACACACACACACACACACACACACACACACACACACACACACACACACACACACACACACACACACACACACACACACACACACACACACACACACACACACACACACACACACACACACGUAAAGGCUCCGCCGCGUCGUCACCGUUCCGCUCGAGGACCCCGCGAGACGCGGCCACCACGUCGCUUCAUUUCCCCGCGCAGCGGCUCGGAGUUUAAGCUGCGCUCGCGAGUCUCGAGUCAUGUUGGACCCGUCCUCGAGCGAGGACACGGGAGGGGAGUCGGACCGCGAAGUUGUGGAGUACCCACCGAAGACCUCCUCCACGACCUCCUCAUCCUCGUCCACCUCCACCUCCGCCGCUCCUCCACCACCUGCUGCUCUGCCCGGGCGGCGCGACGAGGAGAAGAAGGAGAAGGAGAGGCGCGCGCUGGAGGAGGAGGAGGAGAAGAGGAGGGAGCAGGAGGAGGAGAGGAGGACUCGGCUCCAGAUCUACGUUUUCGUCCUCCGCUGCAUCGCCUACCCGUUCAACGCCAAGCAGCCGACAGACAUGACCCGCCGGCAGCAGAAGAUGAACAAGCAGCAGCUCCAGACGGUGCGCGAGGCCUUCAGCUCCUUCCUCAGCGGAGACACGCAGAUCCUCGCCGACGAGGCAUUCUGCAACGCUGUGCGCAGCUACUACGAGGGCUUCCUGAAGAGCGAGCGCGUGUCCCGCAUGGUGCAGAGUGGCGGCUGCUCGGCUGCCGACUUCCGGGACGUCUUCAAGAAGAACAUCGAGCGCCGCGUCCGCAGCCUGCCGGAGAUCGACGGGCUGAGCAAGGAGACGGUGCUCAGCUCCUGGAUGGCCAAGUACGACACCGUCGCCCGUGGCGAUGAGGACCCCCGCCGGCCGCCGGCCCGCCACCACAGCGCCGUGUCGGAGCUAAUCCUCAGCAAGGAGCAGCUCUACCAGAUGUUCCAGAGUGUCCUGGGGGUCAGCAAGCAGCAACACCAGCUGCUCUACAACGCCUGCCAGCUGGAUAACGUGGACGAGCAGGCCGCUCAGAUCCGCAGAGAGCUGGACGGACGGCUGCAGAUGGCGGAGAAGCUGGCUCGGGAGCGGCGGAUCCCGCGGCUGGUGCUGGGGGCCACUGAGCUGCAGUACGUGGAGGAGCUGCGGGGGGCCGCCAACCUGCUGAUGUCCAACCUGGAGAGCCUCCCGGUCUCCAAGGGGGGGCCCGACCUCAAGACCAAGCUCAAGCGCUCGGCCAUCAAUGCCUCCUUCCUGGACCUCGGAGAGGAGGCGGGGGCGCUGUCCAAGUCCGAAGUGGUCCUGUCCUUCACACUGGAGGUGAUGGUGGUGGAGGUCCAGGGCUUGCGGUCUCUGGCUCCUAACCGUAUCGUCUACUGCACCAUGGAGGUGGAGGGCGGAGAGAAGCUCCAGACCGACCAGGCUGAGGCGUCCAGGCCGCAGUGGGGCACCCAGGGAGACUUCUCCAGCACCCAGCCGCUGCCCUGCGUGAAGGUGAAGCUGUUCACCGAGAGCACCGGGGUGCUGGCGCUGGAGGACAAGGAGCUGGGCCGGGUGGUCCUGAACCCGACCCCCAACGGACCCAAGCAGCCAGAGCUCCACCGCAUGACGGUCUCCAAGAACAGUGCGGACUCGGACCUGAGGAUCAAGCUGGCCGUCCGCAUGGACAAACCGCCCAACAUGAAGCAUUGUGGCUAUCUGCACGCUCUGGGUCAGCGUGUGUGGAAACGCUGGAAGAGAAGAUAUUUUGUUCUUGUUCAGGUGAGCCAGUACACCUUCGCCAUGUGCAGCUACCGAGCGAAGAAGGCAGAGCCUCAGGAGUUGAUGCAGCUUGACGGCUACACCGUUGACUUCUGUGAACCGCAGUCAGGUCUGCAGGGCGGGGCCGUCUUCUUCAAUGCGGUGCGGGAGGGCGAGCUGGUGACCUUUGCCAGCGAUGACGAGCAGGACCGGGUGCUGUGGGUCCAGGCCCUGUACCGGGGCACCGGGCAGUCCUACAAGCCCGUGCCCCCCGCCCACAGCAGGAAGAACCACCCCAAUGGCCGAGGAGCCAAUCAGAAGCAGGCAUCACUCACCGGUGCGGACCCCGUCCCGCGGCAGCAGGGCGUGGAGGCGCUGGUGGCUGCAGACCCGUGUGAGUCAGACCACUCGGCGCUCUUCACCACGCUGCAGAGACUCACCCUCCGCCACCGCAUGGACGACUCCUACUCCUGCUUGGGCUGGUUCAGCCCCGGCCAGGUGUUUGUGUUAGAUGAGUACUGCGCGCGCUACGGCGUGCGUGGCUGCCAGCGCCACCUCACCUACCUGACGGAGCUGAUGGAGUACGCAGAGAGCAGCUCGCUGGUGGACCCCACCCUGCUGCACUACAGCUACGCCUUCUGCUCCUCCCACAUCCACGGCAACCGGCCAGAUGGGGUGUCCACAGUGACCCAGGAGGAGAAGCAGCAGUUUGAGGUCAUCAGGCUGCGCCUCAUGUCUCUGCUUCAGGACCAGAUCACACACUUCAGGUACUGCUUCCCCUUCGGACGGCCAGAUGGAGCGCUGAGAGCCACGCUGUCCCUCCAGGAGCGGGCUCUGAUGAAGGACAUCACCAUUCCCAUCCCUCCGGAGGAGAUGAGGGAGCUGGUCCGGGCGUGUCUGGAGAAAGCCGCUCACAUCAACUACUCUGAGCUGGUUCAGUACGCACAGAUCCAUGUGGAGGCGGAGGUCCCCAGGGAGAGGCGGCUGGAGGACCUGCUGCGCCUGGGGGAGCUCUGCAUCGAGGUGCUGCAGCAGAACGAGGAGCACCACGCCGAGGCGUUCUCCUGGUGGCCGGAUGUGAUGACAGAGCAUGCAGAGAGCUUCCUGUCGCUCUACAGAUCCAACAUGGACACCGUUCUCCAGCUACAACCCGUGGACUGCUGGGACUCAUUCCCCCUCUUCCAACUCCUCAACAACUACCUCUCCUCAGACCUUCACCUGUGUGGCGGGCCGUUCCACCUCCACCUGCAGCAGGUGUUCGUGCCGCUGGUGGUGCGCUACGUCGACCUGAUGGAGUCGUCCAUCGCCCAGAGCGUCCACCGUGGCUUCCAGCACGAGACCUGGGAGUCUGUCAGGAGUCUGAGCAGCAGUCUGGUGGGCGUGUCGCUGCCCCGGCUCCCGGGCCUGCCCCCCCUCCCCCAGAUGCCCCUCUUCUCUCCGCCCGCCUGGAUGGGACCCCUCUGUGACACCGCCAACGGCUCGGUGACCUCUGGCGACCUGUUCUGGAAGCUGGAGGCCCUCCAGAUGUUCAUCCAGGACCUCCACUGGCCCGAGCCCGAGUUCGCCGCACAUCUGGAGCAGAGGCUGAAGCUGAUGGCCAGCGACAUGACGGAGGCCUGCGUCCGGAGGACCAAGACGGCCUUCGACUCCCUCCUCCAGAGGAGCAGCCGGGGGCCGGAGCUCCGCGUCCCCUCCUCCCUGGUCACCAUGUUCAACGUUCUGCUGCAGGCGCGCACACACAGCCCCACCCUCUGCCUGCUGCAGGGGCCUGGACAGCCGGACAAACAAUGGCAGCAGUACCACACCAGGGUGGACGUCCUGAUAGACGAGGCGGUGGCGGACAUGGUGUCCUCGCUCGUUACCAAGCUCUGUGCAGUAUUGGAGGUGGUGCUCAGCAAGCUCUCAAGAUACGAUGAGGGAACGCUCUUCUCCUCCAUUCUCUCCUUCACGACUAAAACUGCUGCCAAGUAUGUGGAGGUUCCCAAGCCCGGUCUGGACCUGGCUGACGGCUACAUCUCAUUCGUGCGUCAGAACCAGGACAUCCUGCGGGAGCGAAUCAGUGACGAGCUCUACACCCAGAAGGUGUUUGAUCUAUGGUACAGCAGCUCAGUGAAGGCGGCGUGUGUGUGGCUGACGGACAGGAUGGACCUCCAGCUCCACGUCUACCAGCUGAAGACCCUCAUCAGAAUCGUCAAGAAGACGUACCGGGACUUCCGGCUGCAGGGCGUGGGGGACGCGGCGCUGAGGACCCCCAGCUACGAGACGCUGCUGAGCCGCCUGACGGUGGAGGAGGCCACGCUGGCAGUCCGCUGCCCCGGGGGGCCGGACGCCCUGCAGGGGGUCUCCAUGAGGGACAGCGACCAGGAGGACGACUGACCGCCUCCUCACGCCACGCCUCCUCCUCAAGCCCCGCCCCCGCCAACUCCUGCCACGCCUCCUCCUCCUCACGCCCCCUAUCCUCCUCCUCACCCCACUCCCCCGCCUCCUCAGCAUCCAUUACCCAGCAGCUGCCCCCCUCCCCAGGGGUGUGUGUGUGUGUGUGUGUGUGUGUGUGUGUGUGUGUGUGUGUGUGUGUGU